GUUGGUUCGCCGCAGUACGUCUUCCGCUGCGGGACAUGGCUGUCGGGGGCCUGGUUCUGGUGUGUAGGUAAACGUCAGGCCGGUGGCGUAGAUUAUACCGUCGUUGCGUACCAACGAGAUAGGCACUUGCGUUGGCUGGCGCACCUAAUUAGUAACGAAAGAUAAAAACUCAUUAGGCUUAUGAAGAGAUUAUUGGCAAAACACUAGAUGAAGCAUUCAGGUGCUCAACCAGGAGUUUUGUUGAACUCUUCCUGGUUUAUUGAGUGCUUCCGAUAUAUGAUUCCCAGAGCAGUGACAACAAAUCCAACCAGCUACAUAGUAGACCCUAACACAUGCACAACCUUUCUAUAACAACAGGUUUUCCCAUUAUUAAAUCGAUAAUAUCAAAACAUGCAAUCUCGAGUGAGUAACAGCACUUGGCGCAUCAACAAUACACAAUAGCACUGCACGAACUAGUGGGAAAGAAGCUUCCUCAAAGAAAAGGCGCAGUACUAGGUGCUGCUGCAGCCAAGACGAGUAAAAUUGUUACUAGAUCUAAGCUAGAUCUUAUGAAUAUUUAAGCGACUAGAGUCAAUUGUUCCCGCAAGCUGCUCUAGCAGACGAUUAGGAUGGACGAUCUAUUCGGUAAAAAGAAGGAGGUGGUUCCCAUACUUGACCUCUCCCGGUCAACGGCUAUGUCCCGAGAAGAGUUCAAAAAAAUGUACGAGAAGGUUCCAGACUACAAGAUGCGUCCCAUCAAGGUGCGCCCGGAGGAAAUACGUUUCAAAGACAAGGACGCUAGUUACAAAAUGCCCAAAAAAGAAAUGCGAAUGUUAAUCAAAAACGGUGGGGACAGGGACAAAUUGUACACCUACAUGGAUCCUAUUCCGAGUGAGAUGCGAAAUCUUGUAAUAAUGGAGCUUUGCAGUGUGUCUAUCGAUUGGAAAAUGUUGACUCCGCAGCGACCGAAGACUAAAACAGAGGAAGAUUAUUUUAGCAAGUUGGUCGAGCUGGGGAAACUGCAAAUCAAAACCGAACAGCGUGAUAAGCGUGAGAAUCAGCUUUCGUCGUCGGUGCGCAAAGUAAAGAACAGAUCCGGCAUCAUUGAGUCACGCAUAUUCACCUGUCACGAGUGCCUGGAAGAGUUUUGCAAUGGGAAAGUCUGUUUGGACUUCAAUUACGACCUGUACACGCGAGUUGCACCGAAAACGGCUGUUCAGAAAUCCCACUCGCAGCAGCUCAUUAGCGGCGGUGGUAACACCAGCAAGGUGCUGGCGGAGUUGAACCAAAAAAGCAUCGAUAGUGGUAGUGGCGGUAGCUCUAAAAAGACGCGUCGUCCUAUCCGACGGAAAUCGAAAUCGAAAGUAAAAUCCACCGAGGAUAAUGAUGGCAAUCAAAGUGCUGGGGGCGGAGGACAUUCGAGCGUCAAAAAGAAAAGCAAGAAAGUCUCUGGGAGUCCAAUGAAAUAAAAUAAAGAUUAUUAGAUAGACACAGAUUAGUUAGCGCAAUUCACUAAACUAUUAGCUACAAAUAUUAGUAAUCUGCAUAAAGUUACCUUUCCACAAUCUACCACAUAUACGCUUACACUAGAAUAGUUGUUUUUGGAAAGAAACUCACCCACGACCACUCUCCACGAAAUUGCGAGAUGUCCGGCACCACGCAGAGCAACGAUUCCGCACAGCGAUACAUGGUUUCCGCUUCGACAUCACCGAACCACGCUUGCAACGAUGGCGUGAAAUUGUCACCCGUAAUUUCCAGCAUGGCUACAUCGC